AUGAAAUAUCCCAUUUUUACAUUUAUCGCAUUAAAUACUCACAAAUCAUUAUAUAGUAGUUACAAUCAUGGUUCAUCAAACGAUUCAUACAAUCCAGAAUAUAAUUAUUCGUAUGAUCAACAUGAUAGUAAACACAUUGAUUUUAGAGAAACAUGGCAAAACUCAAUCUUAUCUGGCAUCAUUAAACCAUUCAGGAACAAAGUUUUUAUUUCUGAAAUAGAAAAUCCAGUUAAUUACACUGAGUGCAAUUCGAAGGUUGGUGAGAUUAUUAAAGCAAAGACGAAUAGACUAAAAUCUUCAGUACAGAAAAAGUUUAUUAGGCAAAUUAUAUCUGUAAUUACUGGUGAUAAUAGAUCAUUUAUCAGCUUAAACACAAUUUCAUCAACAAAUCUUGAUGAUGAACUAUCAAAUGCAUUAAUUUGGUUUAGUAACAAAUAUGAAUCAUUUUUUAAUCCAAAUUCGUUAUCUAAUGAAUUGGAAAGGUCAAAAAUUGACAUAAACUGUACAUUUGAAGAUAUUGGUAUUAGAAAUGUUAAAAUUAAGGAAUUGGCAAAUAAUCCUACUUUUGCUCAAAAAUUGCAUAUACCCAAGGUAAUAAAUUAUUUAAAAUCAAAAUCUGAAAUUUUUAACACUUCUAAGUGGCUAUCAACUGAAGAACUUGAAGAUAAUUCGAUUGGCUUAUUUUACCACUCUUCUAAUGGUUCGGGAAAAACUUAUUCAUACCUAUUGUCGGUGUUAGAAUCUGGGUGUAAAAACACUGCUAUUAUUGUACCUACUAGGGAGUUGGCAGUUCAGAUUUUUAAAAUAGCAAAAUCAAUAAUUCCAGAUAAUGUUAAUCCAUAUUUAUUGAUAGGUGGUGCAAAUAUUAAACAUCAAAUUGAGAAGUUAAAAUCACUAGACAAUGAUAAAUUUAAUAUUUUUGUGGCAACACCUGGCAGGUUUAUCGAUUUGACGAGUAGGAAAGUUUUGAGCAUGAGGCACAUUUCAAACAUUGUGUUCGAUGAAUAUGAUUCUUAUUUCUCAUUGCCCAAAAACUCUAACAAUCUCUCCGUAAAAGAAUCCUUUCUUAGCAUUAUUAAGACAAUUUAUAACCUAAAAAGUGAUUUACCUGGUGCGAUUAAUUUGCAUGGUAAAAAGGUAAUAUUCUGCUCCGCUAUUGAUAGACAGGAACAAGUACAUAAUUUGCUUAAAAUUGAAGAUGUAAAGAAGUCAAAUAUGAACGGUGUACAGAGUGAUUGUAUAACACAUUUCCUAGUUACAUAUGGUGAAGGGAAGGACAAGGUUGGUCUGCUUAAACGAUUGUUAGAGAUUAAAUCAUUUGGUAAAUCAGUGUUGAUUUUUGUUAAUUGUCAGGAACAUAUUGAGUUUUUAAGUAAGGUUAUUAAGGAUUAUAUGCCAAAUGUCAACUUAAUAUCACUAUCUGCUAGUGACGAUAAGAUGGAUCGUCAAAAAUCAUUCGAUGAAUUGCAGAAGUUGAAGUCAAAUGAUUAUGAAGACAGUAUUGGACCAAUAUCUAGUAUUUGCGUUACAACAGAUAUAUCCUCCAGGGGGAUUGAUUUUUCUCCAUUUACCUUUCUAAUAAAUUAUUCAAUACCGGGUGAUAUCAUUACAUACAAUAAUAGAUGUGGAAGAUUGAAUUUUAGUGAUAAGAGGGGUGUAUGUAUUACGUUGUGUCAAGGCUCACAAAUUCCAAAAUUUGGAAGAACUGUAUUAAAAAGAUUAUCAGUUCCAAUACAUCCAGUUGAUCCGAUACAAGGUAUUUUAUUCAAGAAGCGUAACCAAUAUUUGCCAUAUGUUACCAGAUCAUAG